GCCAUGAAGAACAACAUCCAGCACAUAAAAGCAAGCCGUCUUCCUCCUGUCCCCUUCAGAUUUAUGUGAUCCCAUAUCACAUCCUCACAAACAAUGCGCUUAUCCUUUGUCCUCGCCAUUGCUGCUGCUUUGACAACAUCAAUAUCUGCCAGUGACGCUGGCAGUGAGAAUUGUCCUUUCUUUUGCAAGCAUGAUAGAAACUGCAUCGACUGCAUUCCUGACUAUGGAUGUGUGAGUAUGAGUAGUUUGCGUUCUGAAUUUAAACACAUGACUGACCAGCGUGGUAGUUCUUAUUUAUAUGCGACAACUGAUAAGCGGCUAGUGUGGUGUGUUGUGUUUCUGCUUUCGCAUCGGUGCAGUGUAGUUUAUGGCGCCAGGCGCGAGUUACUAGUAAUCUGUUGCUGAGUCGAUCAACGUGUUCGCUUCUGAACAAAUCUUACUGCCGCUCGAGCAAUGGAGAUCUUGGAAUAGCUUGAAUGCAUAGAAUACGACUGAAGUACCUACGACGCAGUUUUGCAGUCUUGUUGUAAGC